CGAGGAGAUCGCUCCAUUCCGGAAGGCAUCCAUCCCAGGACACGCGCGUGAGCGUGUGAGCGCGGAGGGCCUGAGAUUGCGUGCGCGGUAAGGGACCACCCAGACCUCGAUAGUAUGAGCCUCACUCCUCGUCCAGCCCCUGUGCCUGUAACGUUGUGACUCUUGACUUGGCUUCCGUUACCCGUAAAGAUGUGCACCAUUGGACGCCGUCACCUAGCCAUCCUCCUCUUCCUCGCGCUCCAAGGGACUUCAGCUUUGCAGAGAGAUGUUUAUGCCAAACGCAGCACGUGGUGGACGAAAAGAUCCUUGGCCACGAGAUACACCACAGACGAACCCAGUCCAGGCUGCAACUUCUUUACAACAAAGGGAGUCGAGUGUGCAAUAGAAAAGUGCUCAGACCAGUAUGGUCUCUGCUCAUACUCAGCCCGGAAUUCUGCAGACCUCAGCCAUUGCUCCUUCCUCUUUCACUCUUGUGUGUCCACCUGCUUCAAACAGGAUCUCCCAGUAGUACAUUUACCACUGUAAAGUAGGCGAUUAUACCCAGUCUUGCACCCUGCCUAUCUACAGGCACUGAGCAUUUAAGCUUCAAAAUAGAAAGGCAAGGUUUUUACAUUCGUGUAUUAUUUUUGUAUAGCAUCCAAGAUUUAAUUUUAAAAAAUGGUUUUCAUGUUCAUUUUUUAUAUAUCAGUUCUUUCCUAUACUAUAUUCCAUUGACUCAUCUUAUAAUUAAGAAUAAAAAUAGGUAAGUCUGAUAUAGACAGGACAGAUUAUGUUGCAAAUUAGCCAGAAUGUGUCAAAAUGCAUUUAUCUAAAAAAAAAAAAAAAAGUCUCAUGCGUCAAAAUGGACUAGCCAUUUGUGACACUGAGAAUAUGAUAUAAGCUAAAUGUCUGAAUUACUCCAGUUUUAUAGCUACAUAAAUUUAUUUUAUAUUUGAUCAGUACAACAAUUAAUGUAACUUUGGUACUUAAAGAACUGGCAUAUAUUCAAGCUUACCGGCCUGGCCAUAGGUGAAAGGUGAAGCCAGAACUUCGCAAAGCUCAAUGCUAUGCUCAAGCUUACCACUUUGUGAACAAACCUCCGCGCUACGGAUACUCAGACCGUAAUAAUAAAAGGCCCCAUCCAGACGAGCAGGCAUUGCCGGUCGGGAAAACAGUGACCAAAUAGUGUUCCAAAACCAACGUUUAGAGGGUGGUUGGCGAGCACGAGUGUAGGCCGUAGCCCAACGUUUACUGGACAACCUCCACGGUCACUACCUAACCACAGCUCGGUCUGGUGUGUGCCCUUAACCCGUCGGCCUGUCCGUUCAUCCGGAUGGGGCCCAAUUGCCACAGACACUUCGAUAUUCGCACUCCGGGGCCAUUUUCAGGAAAAGAAUGCCUUGGAGUUUAUGUAGAUAGCCAAAGAACAAAUGUGCAGUAAUGCUAUAUAGAAACUUGUGAAAAGCUAUAUAUUAUGAUAGGCAUACGAAGUAUAGUGAAAUGAUUUUCAAAGGGAAUGGAAUAGUUGUACGAGGUGGAUGAUGAAAUUGUAGUUUGUGGGGUGAUGAUAUUUGUGUCAAAAUAGAUGCAAUUAAGCAUUUGGUAGAAGCGGUUUUCAACAUGUGUCAAUGUUUCAAAAUGCUGUUUUCAGAGUGUGUCAAAAUGCUGUUUCCAGCUUAUGUCAGAAUGUGCCAACAUAUCAAGGGCCGCUGUAGCUCUCAUGUGUAUGGAUGAUGUAAAUCCUCCUGUAGAAACCACAGCUGAUGCUUUACAUCUACUUUGAUGGAGCCAAAUUAUAUAAAAAUGUCACCAGACAAUAAAGAAACUGCUGUCAUCUA